GGGAGCUAGGGGUGGAGUGGGGGGGGGAGGUCACGUGGGCGCCGGCAGCGCGACUCUCCGCCCUGGGCGCUCCACGGCCGCCAGCUCCCGCGACCGCCCUCCCUGCCCCUCGCUGGUGCCUCAGCAAGGUGGGUUGCCGCCAGGUGCCACUAGAAGCACCAGGCUGGGGCCGCCUCUGAGCGCCCCGCGGGGGCCAUGGAUGGCGAAACAGCAGAGGAGCAGGAGGGCCCUGUGCCCCUACCAGUUGCACCCGGCGGACCCGGCUUGGGCGGUGCUCCGGGGGGGCGGCGGGAGCCCAAGAAGUACGCAGUGACCGACGACUACAAGUUGUCCAAGCAGGUGCUGGGCCUUGGUGUGAACGGCAAGGUGCUGGAGUGCUUCCAUCGGCUCACUGGGCAGAAGUGUGCUCUGAAGCUCCUGUAUGAUAGCCCCAAGGCCCGGCAGGAGGUGGACCAUCACUGGCAGGCCUCUGGUGGCCCCCACAUUGUCCGCAUCCUGGAUGUGUAUGAGAACAUGCACCACGGCAAGCGCUGUCUCCUCAUCAUCAUGGAAUGCAUGGAAGGUGGUGAGUUGUUCAGCAGGAUUCAGGAGCGUGGCGACCAGGCUUUCACUGAGAGAGAAGCUGCAGAGAUAAUGCGGGAUAUCGGCACUGCCAUCCAGUUUCUGCACAGCCAUAACAUCGCCCACCGAGAUGUCAAGCCUGAAAACCUGCUCUACACAUCUAAGGAGAAAGACGCAGUACUUAAGCUCACCGAUUUUGGCUUUGCUAAGGAGACCACCCAAAAUGCCCUGCAGACACCCUGCUAUACUCCCUAUUAUGUGGCCCCUGAGGUCCUGGGUCCAGAGAAGUAUGACAAGUCGUGUGACAUGUGGUCCCUGGGUGUCAUCAUGUAUAUCCUCCUUUGUGGCUUCCCACCCUUCUACUCCAACACGGGCCAAGCCAUCUCCCCAGGGAUGAAGAGGAGGAUCCGCCUGGGCCAGUAUGGCUUCCCCAAUCCUGAGUGGUCAGAGGUGUCUGAGGAUGCCAAGCAGCUGAUCCGCCUCCUGCUGAAGACAGACCCCACAGAGAGGCUGACCAUCACUCAGUUCAUGAACCAUCCCUGGAUCAACCAAUCGAUGGUGGUGCCACAGACUCCACUCCACACGGCCCGAGUGCUGCAGGAGGACAAAGAUCAUUGGGAUGAAGUCAAGGAGGAGAUGACCAGUGCUUUGGCCACUAUGCGGGUAGACUACGACCAGGUGAAGAUCAAGGACCUGAAGACCUCUAACAACCGGCUCCUCAACAAGAGGAGAAAAAAGCAGGCAGGCAGCUCCUCUGCCACACAAGGCUGCAACAACCAGUAGCUCAUGGGGACUUGGAGGAGCCAGGCCUCUGAGCCUGCAUGGCAGACUGGAGUGUGCUGAGGCCCUGGUCAGGAGGGCCCAGGGUCAUUCUUUUAACAAAAGGAUUGUGUUUUAAUUUGUCACUUGGAACUUCAGGAUGGAGGACCUUGACCCUAAACCUCCUUCAGAUCUCUGGCCCAGGCUCAAGCCCUAGAGAGGGGCAGGGCCUAUGGCCUGGAAGCUGCCUGCUGCCACAGCAGCACCUUUAGCCAGGGUGGCCUGAGUGAGGCCUCUGUGCUGUCUUGCCCUGGUACAUGGCCUUAGCCUUCUAGGCCACUGGGAGCUGUGGCUGAGCUUCCCAUCUUCCAUGUCUUCCACGGAGACAUCCUCCUGUGGGGUGGGCAGAUGGGCCUGGCCUUAAGAAAGGCAUUGGCCAUUGGUUGCCAUGGUGACCAGGGACCACAUGCUGUCUGUAAAUGCUGAGUGAGUGAGUAAGGGAGGAGGGGCAAUCCAAGGUUCACCUCUGCCUUCUUGGGGAGGCUGGUUUCUCGCACACUGGCUGUCCCCUCAGUCUCACUCCUCCUUGGGCUCCCUCAGGCUGCAGGGUCCAGUCUGCCUGCCUCCCUGGGCAGUCCAGCCCUGCCUUGCAGGAGCCCCAGCCCGCAGGGCACUCAGCGCUCUCCCCUGAGGGAAUCCCUGGGCCUCACCAUCCCGUCACUACUCCUUAUCCCAAAGGGUGGCUUUUCAUCUCAACUUAAGGUGAGGGAUAUUUUUAACCUUUUUCCACUUUGGAAAAUGUCACUGUGACAAAAGCCAGUAUACUUCCCCUGCACCCAUCUGCUCACCAGAUCUCAGGCAGGAAAGCCCCUUUCUGUUGAUGUCAGGGGCUACAUUUGGUGUACUUGUGUGAAAGUGACUGAUUGGGAGCAGGAUUAAAGAGGCUUCCCAUUAACCUGAGGUCUCUUUCUUUACUCUGGGUCAGACCUGAGGUUGGGGAAGGUGACUGAGCCCUGCUCAGAAGGUCUGGUCCUGGCUUGGGCCUAAGUCGGGGCAGAGACACCUGCCUGGCUGAUCGAGGCUUACCCAGCCCCACCCCAUUGUGGAAGCCUCAGGGUGCCAAGUGCCUAAUACUGCCUGACAAGUGCCUGAAACCCACCCUUGUUCCUUCCUGGCCGCUGUCUCACUGGCUGGGAAACCCUAGACCAUGUCAGAUAGGACAACACUGCUGGGUUUUACAUCCAGACCAUAAUAAACACCAUUUCAUCAUUU